GACGGACAGAACACGAAAGACGUCUGUACAGUAAACUCGUUGAUGGUUACAGCACUCUCUCCCGACCGGUGCUCAACGAGAGUGAGCCGGUAAUGGUGCUUCUUGGUCUUGAUUUUCAACAAAUUUUGUCCUUGGACGAGAAACAUCAAGUUUUGCAGUCCAACGUUUGGCUGAAGAUGGUAUGCUUUGCGACUCAAAUAAAGAAGACAAAUCUCUGCAUUUGAUU